GGAGAAAAUUUAACAGUUUCGGCGAACCGUGCCGACCACCUGAGUAGCUAGGGAGCCCAUACUCGUUAAGUCAAUCCUUUGAGGAUUAAGCAUGCAUGCCUGACCUUUAUAAUUCCUGGUAGUGGGGGGGGGGGGAAAUUUAACAGCUUCGGCGGACUGUGCCGACCAUCGGAGUAGAAUCGAAAAACCAUUUGAUUUUCCUGCGCUGUGUCAGACAAUGGCGUAGCGAACAUAACUGGUGCCCGAGGUACGACACUAUAUUGGCGACCCCCUCCCUCGUCCCUCCCCUCCAGAAACAAACCUUGUUUCCUUGGAAACCAUUUGGCGCCCCUCUGCUAGUGGCGCCCGGGGCACGUGCCCUACUUACCCCAACCUAGCUACGGCUCUGUUGAGAGCUUUUCUUCGUUUGUGAUCAAUAGGAAAUUCCGAAGUUCCUCAAGGUCAGGCAGUUUCAAAGGAUUAAACUAGAUCCAGUCAUAAAGAGAUCCCACAAUCCCACGCGCGCGAGAAAAUACAAGAUGGCUACGGAACACGUGUCGGGCUAUCGACAGAGAAAUAAAAAAGACAUCUGGAGAGACGACGACAUCUGUCUAUUAUUAGAUGAACAACCAGUGAAGAAGCAGAGAACAUCUGAAAUUGACAAGACCAAUGAUGUACUCUCUCCACAGCAAAAUAAUCGCAUAGAAGAAAAUAAAAUGACUGCAAAAAUAAAAUUACAGGCAAAGAAGAUGCCAGCAUUAUCAAAUAUUGGAAUAAGUUGGUUUAAAGCACUUGAGAGUCAGUUCUCAAUGGAAUAUUUUCAAAAAUUAAGUGAUUUUGUACGACAAGAGCGACAGAAAUAUACUGUAUAUCCUCCUGAUGACAAAGUAUUCACUUGGACAAGAAUGUGUGAAAUAAAGCAGGUUAAAGUUGUAAUUCUUGGACAAGAUCCUUAUCAUGGUCCUAAUCAAGCACAUGGUUUGGCAUUCAGUGUUCAAAAGGGUGUAACUCCUCCUCCUAGUUUAGUAAAUAUGUUUAAAGAACUAAGUACAGAUAUUCCAGAUUUUGUAACUCCAAAUCAUGGAGAUCUCACUGGUUGGUCUAAACAAGGGGUAUUACUUUUGAAUUCCUGCUUAACAGUAAGAGCACACAAUGCAAACUCUCAUAAAGAUCAAGGAUGGGAAAAUUUGACAGAUGCUGUUAUUAAAUGGCUGAAUGAAAAUUUAAAAAAUGUUGUUUUUUUAUUAUGGGGUUCAUAUGCACAGAAAAAAGGUUCCUUUAUUGAUAAAAAAAAACAUUUAGUUUUACAAUGUCCUCAUCCAUCUCCAUUUUCUGCAAAUAAAGGGUUUUUUGGUUGCUGUCAUUUCUCCAAAACAAAUGAUUAUCUUGAAAAACAUGGAAAGAAACCUAUUGAUUGGAGUGACUUAUCUACUUAAACUUUAUCAGAUAGUAUGUAAGAAACUUUUAUUAGUUCUUCACAUACCAGUUAAAAGUAUUUAUUGAUAAUGUGGUAUGUGAAUCAGUAUAAAUAACAAAAGUAACAACUUAAAUGUUUUACCAAAGUUUCAGGAAAUUCAAGCAAAAAAGAAAUAAGUUCUUGAAAUUAAGUUAUUUCAAGAAAAACAAUUAUUUUUAAUAGAUUUAAAUUUUAUGUAAACAAA